UAGAGGUGCUGGGUAUAGUUAAGUUCUGUGGGAGGGAAAGGACUGAAUUGAAGAAAAAAAUAUUUCCAGUCUGUUAUCUCUCUAUUACAGAGGAAACAUUAGAAGAAGAUGCCUGUGUUACUGCUUGUCCUUUCUUUGGCUGCUGAAGCUCUAAGUCUAGAUCUGCGUUCUUACAGUCACAGUGCUGUCCUGGAUGGGCAAGGCAAAUACAACAUACAUUGGAGUUACCAAGGGGAGACAAUAACCUUCUUACUGCAGGUGGAGACUUUAGGUUAUGUAGGGUUUGGCUUCUCUCCAAACGGUGCCAUGGCUAGUUCUGACAUAGUAAUCGGUGGAGUGGAAAAAGGCAAGCCAUACUUGCAGGACUAUUUUACAGAUGGUAACAGAAUUCUUCAUAAAGAUUCACAGCAGGAUUAUAACCUUGAAUACGCAAUGGAAAAUGGCACUCAUACUAUUGUAAAAUUCAGCAGAGCUCUGCAUACAUGUGACCUUAAUGACAAAACAAUAACAGAAAGCACCGUGAGAGUAAUAUGGGCUUAUCAUGGAAAUGACAUCGGACUUACUGGACCUACAUACCAUGGAUCAAAUUGCGGUCGCAAGAGCUUGCGCUUACUGAACCCUGAGAAAAGCAACUUUGUGUCUGUGGAAACCCCAUUUUUUAAUUUCACAAAUGCAGACGUGCCUGUUCCACAUAAAGACACAACGUAUUGGUGCCAAAUGUUUAAGAUGCCACCAAUGAACAAGAAGCACCACAUUAUUAAGGUUGAACCACUGAUCCAAAAGGGUCAUGAGAACUUAGUACAUCACAUUUUACUGUAUGAAUGUGAUAGAAAUGCCAGCAAUGCAGUGCUAGACUAUGGGCACGAAUGUUACCAUCCUAACAUGCCAGACAUCUUUCUUACAUGUGAAACUGUGCUUUUUGCAUGGGCGAUUGGUGGAGAGGGAUUCACAUAUCCACCUCAUGUUGGUUUAUCAAUAGGCUUACCUACUGAUCCUACAUAUGUUCUAAUGGAAAUUCAUUACGAUAACCCAUCGCAUCAAGACGGUUUAAGGGAUAAUUCAGGAAUACGGAUGUAUUACACUCCAAAUAUAAGAAAAUAUGACGCAGGUGUUUUAGAGACUGGCAUCUGGGUUAGUCUUUAUCACAUGAUCCCUCCAGGAAUGUCUCUGUUCACCUCCGAGGGCCACUGCACUAAGGAAUGUUUGGAAGAGGCUUUGAACGACGAAAAGCCAACUGGGAUCCAUGUCUUUGCAGUUCUUCUACAUGCACACAUUGCAGGAAAAGCUAUCCAGGCACGCCAUUUCAGGGACGGAGAGGAGCUGGAACUACUUGCUUAUGAUAAUGAGUUUGACUUCAACUUUCAGGAGUUCCAGUACUUAAAAGAAGAAAGAGUCAUUCUACCUGGAGACAAUUUAAUUACAGAAUGCCAAUACAACACAAAAGAACGAACUACAAUGACAUGGGGUGGACUGAGCACCAGAGAUGAAAUGUGUCUCUCUUAUUUAAUGUAUUAUCCAAGAAUUAAUCUUGCACGAUGUGAAAGCAUUCCUGAAAUUAAUGAGCAACUUAAUUUCAUUGGUGUGAAGGAGAUUUACAGGCCUGUCACUUCUUGGCCUUUCAUCAUCAAGAGCCCUAAAAAGUACAACAACCUUACUUUCACCGAUGCCAUGAACACUUUCCAGUGGUCCAAAAAAAAAGGGAAUUCUUUUAACGAACGUGUUCGACAAAUACAAAUAAAUGUUAGGUGUUCAAAGCAUGACAAUGAUGAAUGGAUGGUACAAGGCUUGAUCGUUUCCCCACCUGAAGUUAAAAAGAUAUACAAGUCAAAAGAAUUAUCAUGCAUGCCUCGGUCAUGCUGUUCAACCUUCAAUACAUUGAUUUUCAUAUUCAUUACUCUAUGUAAUGUGUUAUACAUUUUCUUUGUAUAAAAUUGCUAUUUUCUUCCACACACGUUUAUGGAAAUGAAGAUAUGCACUUUUGAAGUUGUUUCUCUUUUUGUAUUAAAUAAUUUUUAACAGAA